CAGUGAUUCCAUCCAUAUGCCGCCUCUCUCCAUACAUGCCCCACUCUGUCCUCCUCUUUCUCCGCCACGUCCUCUCAAUAUAUCUCCUUUCUCUAGCGCAAACGCCCACUUGUGUCUCGACUCACAUGUUCUCGUUAUUCCGGAUGGACUUUCUUCUUCUUCGGGAAGAAACGAUUUGAGAUGGAACCAAAUGGUGCCGCCGCCAGGCUCCGUAUCCCCAAGACACCGUCAUUCUCCGACCGAUUCCUCCCCGUUUCCGCUCGUUCUAGCCCCGAGUCUGCCUUAGACGGCGACCUUAGCGAGGACGACGUGUUCUGGAUCGGCGACUUCGCCGAGAACAACCGUUCGUCGAACCUUAAUGUGCCGUCGGUCUCGCCUUCCGGUGGUCGAAGCCAUCACGGGCGGGGCGUUGCCAGGGGGGAGAACUUCGGCAUCCUAGCCGCGUUGCCGGCUAGCGAAUCCGAUGAGAGCAAUCUCCAGGCUCGCUCGGUAUUCAACCACAAGGCUUCAGUCUCGUCGUCGUCUUCGUCUUCUCCGGCUUCGUCAUCGAGGAUGAUCCCUACGGUUCCGAAGAGGCCGCCGUUGGAUCGGCAGCACAGCUCACUGAAGCAACCCCUAUCGGCGCCGGUGAAUGUGCCGGUGAUGACGGAGGCGAUGCAGAGGGUACGCGCGAUGCGCCAAUUCGACGACAUUCAUUAUGACGAUGAUACUGGCGAAGGGGAAGGGGAGAUGCUACCGCCGCACGAGGUCGUUGCGUCGAGGCAGUCACCUAUGAUGGCUUGCUCCGUGCUUGAAGGCGCAGGAAGGACACUCAAAGGGAGAGAUCUGCGCCAGAUUAGAAUUCAGUUUUCACAUGCUUGGGCAUCUAACAUUCUUGUUGGCUAAUAAAACAGCAUAAAUACUGUGCUUAACAUAAGCCGUAUUGCCAGACAGAAUGCAGGUAAUUCUCAAAUACCUAUAGACAUUAUCUUUCAAUAAGUAAGACAGCCUUUAAAAUGUUUUCAUAUUUAGAUCUAAAUUCUUAUGGUAGUUAUUAAGUUAUAAGUUCUAAUUUCUUUAAUUAGUAAUGCUUACCUAUCUGCUCAUAUGUUGGGUGAUCAUAUUACAUCUUCUCUGAUGUGUAGUUCCUACUUGUUACUCUUAUGCUUUGUUUGGAGGAGAGGUGGUGGUAGGGGAGGGAAAGGUAAAUAAUGGAAAGGUAUAGAAGGAAAAGGAAAGUAACAUAAAGGUUCUUACUCUCCCCUUGUUUGGAAAGAAUGAAAUGUAAGGGAAAGUAUUAAACAAUUAAAUAUAGUGUGCAAAAGUGAAAGGCAAAUUUGACAUUUCAUACAAAGACAAAGACAUUAGUCCAUGAGAUACCACAAUAAAUAACGUUCUGAAUAAUUUAAUCUAUAUAAUUUAAUAACUAUUGUUUGAAAUAGAAACAUUAUUCUCAUCCACUUUUACUCCCCCUGCAUUGGAUGGGAGCAAUCUAAAUUAUGAUGGGUUUUGGAUUGUAUUAUAUAUGUAUUUAGUAUUAUUAUUUGAGUCUAUACAUAAGAUAUGUUGUAUCAAAUUAUAAAAUAGUAAAUAAAUAUGACAUUUUACUUGGGUUAAGGAUAAUAUUGGGUUUUUACAAAAAUACUAAGGAUAAAAUAGUCAAAUUAAUACUUAUUAUUAAUUCUCCUUUCCCCUUCCUACCCCCCCAAAGUGGAAGGAAAAAUGAGGUAAUGGAAGGAAUCCCUUUCCCUUCCAUUACAAAACUUCUACCAAACGAGGGUAAGGUUUUACCCUCCCAUCCCCCUUGCUUACCCUGCAUUCAAACAACGGUUAAGGUAGAUCUUAGUAAUCAUAGUGUUUGACCUUGGUUUUUCUUCGUACAGUCUAUUAGUUGUACAUUGCAAAUAGAAUUUGGGUUUGCAAUUUUUUCAUCAUUAUUCCUUUUGUUUAUCAUACUACUGGUCACAGUUCUCUUUUUCUGUAUGACAACUCAUAAGCUAUGAUGCAUGGACAUGGGAGCACGCCAUUUUUCAAAAAAAAAAAAAUAGGAAACAACAUUGUCUAAUGAAGUAAUUUUUAUAUUUUAAAUGGCAUAAUGAAAUAUCAAAACCAUAUUCCAAACUCAUAAAUAUGCAUUUAAAUUUGUAAGCUAAAAUCCCAAAUGAAUAACUCUAGUCUAAAUAGUAAAACUCACAGCCCAGUUGUUUUUGUACCUUACAAUCCAGUUGAUGUUUAAAGAGAGGUAGAGAAUAGACGCGUGGAGGGUAUGAAAACUGAACAGUUAUGCAACCAAAAAAUGGAAAAACAAAAUAAUCAUGCAAUUACCAAGUCAAAAAACUGAAGAAUGAGGAAACCUUGUUUUUUUAUUCUUCAAAGUGUCCACAUAGGGGACACGUGUCCUGUGUGUGUCCCCUCCCAUAUCCUUUUAAAAAAUUUUAAGAAAUGUGGCUUGUCCAAUAUGUAUUGGAGUGACCGAGUGUUCGACAUGCUGGCGUCACUGGUAUGGCAGCCCCUAGGGACUGUCCGUGCUUUAUAGCUGAUAAAUAUUGGUGAUUAGCAUUGGCAUUUUUUUAAUGCUCAAUGGAGGACAUUUUAGAAAUGUUCCUUGGAAAGGAGUUUCAAGGUAAUGUCUCUUGUUCUAUCAACUACAACAACUUUUCUCACCUUGUGCCAUCCAUAUCUCACUCCACUAUGCAACCCCAGGCCAACCAACCCUGAUAGAUUCUCUCUUCCCACCAUCUCCACUUAUCAUUGUUGCUCCAUUUUACUGAACUUGGUAGGACAGAUUUAUGAUGCGUAGUCUAAAUGUUUUCAACUCAUUACAUUUGUUUUUUCUUGUUCUCUUUCUCUCUACACCUUGUAGGAUGAUUUUCAAACUGUUGUCGGCCAUGUAUAAACUUAGUUAUAGAGGAUGAUAUUCUGAUAUCAUCAAUUCAUAGAACUGAUCUGUCAGAGCAAUUUCUCUUUUGUGGUUCUGAUAUCUGUGGAUUGGGCAAUUUCAUUAAUAUAUAAUACUGGCCUUAUGGGUCAUGGCAUCAUCACAAUCAUGAAGGAAUAUUGCAUUUUAGUGUUGCAAGUUAUCUUUUGAGAUUUUGAAGUUGGAACAUGCUUAAUAAGGAUAAAAGAUAGCAUAGAAACUGAAAAGGAGAUGAAUGAUAAACACUAAGUGGAGAGGGCAUUGGAAUCUAUUGAUAAAGCUUUCACUAAAAGUUGAAUCCUUAAAUUUUCAAUAAAUGCUUCUGCAGUAGGACAUGUUGAUUCUAGACACAGUUAGUCCCUGCUUAAGGAUGUUUUGAACCCCUCGGAACAGUUGCAUGUAUGCAGGUAUAAUUUCCCUCUCAUUGUGGAGGAAGAACAGUGCCUGCCUGAUUUUUUAGGUGCUGAAAUUGAAAAGAAUCUUGCAUACUGUCAUGUUGAUUAUGCCCCAUCAUUUUAUAGCCUCCAUAUUUAGUAUUGUUUUAUGUAUUUAGUCACUUAAUAUAGAACUAAGGAUACAAUACACUUUUUUAGGCACCAGAGAAAUGAAAAUGGAAUCAACAGUAUGGGCUACCUCUAGAAUUUCCCGUUUAAUGAUCUCCCAACUUACUUGAAAAAGGCCACGGUAAAACAUAAGCUUCAUAGGCUUUCUCUUGCCAUCUGGAAUAUCUCAAUUUUUUACCUAUCGAAACUAGCUCUUGAAAUAGGACACCAAGCAAUCCCAUCAAUCAUAGGCUAUUAGACUUUCUUCCUUAAUCUCCUCAACAAUGAGCACCUGAUUAAUAAUGCAGGCAGGCCCCUCAUUCGCUAACUGAUAAAAUUUGUCCUUCUGCAACCAUUUGCCUCUAUUAAAUAAUCUAGAGUUACAAUCACCCUCAUGAAUCCAUUUCCUUUAAAAGAACAUGGUAAUCACUCUACAAAGAGACAUGAUUGAUGCUUUUCUGAUGGGUGGAGUCAUUCUCAAACUUCCUACAAGCUUCCCAAUAUUCUAAAGAAUCAAAGCCUUCUUAGACCUGAUAUUUCCAAAACCUCUUUACUCUAAUCUGUAAAACCUAUCUUUAACAACCCUCAAUUUCGAUAUCACUCCAAACCAGAACAAUCUCAUUCCUUCCACCAUUUCCCAACCUGCCUUGGAAAACCAUAACUAGAUAGCCAUAUAUGUUCAAAUUUAAAGGGAGUUGGACCCUACUUGAUGGGGGUAGCCUCCAAGGUAAUGGGGCAAACGAUCAGAAGAAAUUCUAGGCAUAGUUUUAUGGCCAAGACUAGGAAGUGAACCUUGCAUUCACCAGAGGCAAAUCACCAAGUUGGUGUUAAAUUAAUAAAAGGGUCAAAACUCCCUCAUGCUCAAAGACACUCUAGGACUUCCUAAUUUCUC